GCGAAAUUAUGCUUUUAUGAAUGAGGUUUAUGAACUCAGAGGAAGGAUGUUGUCGCCGGUUUCGUUGCAGUAAACUUUAUUAACGAUAUUAACGUUUUAUUUUCCAGAUGUGGCUGGCAGUGUUAAUAAUCGUGUUAGCAGUCUGCCUGCUGCUCUACCUGGACACUAUCAAGCCACGAAAUUUUCCGCCUGGUCCCAAAUGGAUGCCUAUACUAGGGAGCGCUAGAGAAGUCUCCAGGCUCAGGGAGAAAACCGGCUACCUCUACAAAGCCGUGAAGAAACUCUCCGAGCAAUACUGCCACAAUGGACCCACCCUGGGACUAAAGAUAGGAAAAGACAAGAUCGUGAUGGUGAACUCGUUGGAAGCUAACAAGGAGAUGCUCUACAACGAAGACUUGGACGGAAGACCUCGGGGCAUAUUCUACCAGACGCGCACGUGGGGCCAGCGGCGGGGGGUGCUGCUGACCGACGGCGAGCUGUGGAAGGAGCAGCGCAAGUUCCUGCUGAGGCACCUCAAGGAGUUCGGCUUCGGGCGCCAGGGCAUGGGCGAGAUCGCGCAGUUCGAGGCCACCGCCAUGGUCAAGGACAUCCUGGAGCUCAUCGACAGCAGCCCCGACCGCACCGCCGUCGUUCAGAUGCACAACUUCUUCAACACGUACAUCCUGAACACGCUGUGGACCAUGAUGGCGGGGCUGCGCUACAAGGCGAGCGACCCGGAGAUGCAGGUGCUGUACGGGCUGCUGUUCGACCUGUUCGCCGGCAUCGACAUGGUGGGCACAGCCUUCAGCCACUUCCCCGUGCUGCGCUUCCUGGCGCCCACGCUCUCCGGCUACAAGUACUUCGUCCGUACCCACAAGAGGAUCUGGGCGUUUCUGAACGCGGAGCUAAAGAAGCACAAAGACCGGUUCAAUCCCGAGAACGAGGAUAAGGACUUUAUGGACGUUUACAUCAGAGUGUUGAAGGAGAAGGGCGAGGGGAACACGUACUCGGAGGGGCAGCUGGUGGCGAUGUGCAUGGACAUGUUCAUGGCGGGCACGGAGACCACCACCAAGAGCAUGAGCUUCUGCUUCUCGUACCUGGUGCGCGAGCAGACGGUGCAGGCGCGAGCGCAGGCCGAGAUCGACCGCGUGGUGGGCCGCGACCGGAUGCCCUGCCUCGGCGACCGCGUCAACAUGCCGUACAACGAGGCUGUGGUGCACGAGUGCGUGCGCCACUUCAUGGGGCGCACGUUCGGCGUGCCCCACCGCGCGCUCAAGGACACCGUGCUGGCUGGCUGCAUCAUACCCAAGGACACGAUGGUGGUCUCCAACUUCACCAACAUCCUGAUGGAUGAGAAGGUGUACCCCGACCCUUACGCCUUUCGGCCGGAGCGGUUCCUGUCGGACGGCAAGGUGUCCAUCCCCGACCACUACUUCCCGUACGGGCUGGCCAAGCACCGCUGCAUGGGCGAGGUGUUGGCCAAAUGCAACAUCUUCGUGUUCACCACCACGCUGCUGCAGCGGUUCAGCUUCCUCCAGGCGCCGGGCGAGCCGCUGCCCUCGCUGGAUCACGUGGAUGGCGCCACGCCCUCCGCCGCGCCGUUCAAAGCCCUCAUCGUGCCGAGGACCUGAGGCUAUGC